AUGCUUUCCAAAAAUUUACAUCCAGUAAUUCUGAUUUUAUGUCUUGCUAGCCCUCAAGUAAAUGGCCCACCAGUUUCCUAUUCUCCCAACGAUAUUGAUAAUAAUUCAUUAAGAGAUUUGAUAUUAAUUCAGACUCAGAAGAUAAUAAAGACAGAAAAUAUGUACGAUAAUUAUGAGUGGUUCAUAUCGCAGAUAACGACGUUACUUGCUACUAAGAAAAUAGAAAUGACGGAAAAAAAGUACGAAAAUGAUGGCCCGCUCACAUCUAGGAUAAUCGAGUUACAUGUAAAGAUUCAAUUUAACUCCAGUUCAGGCAAUAACGUUGUUAAAAACAUGACAGUAUUUGUAGCUAUAAUGAGAUAUAUUCCAACUGUAUUAUUAUCUACUGCAAGUUUCAUGGAAUUUGAUAUGUUUCCAGCAAUUAAAAUGAUACCGACAAGCAUUAAAUCAGAUCGAUUACGCCACUUAACAAUUCAAAAAAAGCUUCCUUUACGUAAUCUAAACGAAACCUAUGGUCGUAUAUCUCACUUGGAUUCCAUUUGUGUCUUCGAAGAUAAUCUUUGUUACUUCUUCUCUAUUAGCCAAACGGAUGCUUCACCCUAUGGAUCAUAUACAUCGUAUGGAAUAGAAAAUAAUCAUUGGCAAUCCGAUAAUAGUCAGUUCUUCAACCAAAAACCUAAUUUAAUAUUUGAAAACAUCCUAGUUUUGAUAAUAGCCUUUAUGGUAGUGUACGCAUUUUGGCAAUAUCUAUUACCAGAGACGCCAAUUCGAGAAUAUCAUGAAGGCUCAUCUCAUGAAAAAUAUACGGCUAUCUACAAGGAUGAUAACACUAGUUUCAUGCAUCUGAGCGGUGGAUGGCUAAUUAAAUAUACAUAUAACAAAAGGAAUAGUCAUUUAUCAAAUUGUAUAAUUAAUAGAAUAGAUCAGCUCCGAGAAAAUGAAUUAAGUAAAAGAGGAUGCUUUGACAUUCCUUAUGAAAUAAUCGGUAAGACUGUAAAAGUCGACGUGCCAAACGUAUUAUGUGAGUUAAGUCAAGACUACAUUAAGAAAUUCGAGGAGUUACAUAAAAAGAACGUACUCAUUACAUCAACUUCAAAGGCCUAUAUGGGGAUAAACUAUUCGUUUGAAGGUGAUGAUAUAAAUGUGGCUUUUCAUAGCUUCGGUGAAAAGUUUGAUGCACUGCUAGCACGAGCUAAAGCUGCUUUACGCGAAGCCAGAAAUAGUUUAGUAGAUACGAAUUAUGAAUUUCGCGAUCAAAGAAAGGAUCGUAAUGUUAAUAAUUUUAAUUUUAAUUUUGACAAUAACCAGCAAAAGCAACGUCUCCAAACUACAGUAUAA